AUGAAAACACCAACAUCAUCAACAGGAGAAUCUCACAAGGCAGACGAAGGUUGUGAUGAUAUUGUAAAUGUGGAAACUCUUCCGGAAUGCCUUUAUAUGUUUCAUAUGUUUCAUUGGGUACUAUGCGUCAUUGAUCCUUACAAUAACACGGUAUAUUACUUGGAUUCUUUACGUACUCUUGAAUUUACAGGAAACGAAAAAGGCAUCAUUGGGGAUUUACAUGAAAUCGUUAACACAGCACUUUUCCAAUUCCGUAGUGAAAGAGAGAUUGCCACAAAGUUGAAGAUGAACACCAAAUGGCUAAAAAUAGAAUGUCCUUGCCAAGAAAAUUACAUUGAUUGUGGAUAUUAUGUGAUGAGAUACAUGAAGGAGAUAAUCUCACACAGGCGACUUCAAAUUCCUGAAGUUUAUUUUUCAGAUUGCCAGUUUUCAAGUUACAAUACAGAGCAGAUUGACGAAGUCAACGAUAUAUAUUGUACAGGUCAACGAAAUAUAUUGUACAGGCCAAUGGAAUACUGUAAUUAUUCAUAUGUAUUAUUGUACAGGACGUUGUCUAUUUAUCUCAACGGCAUCCCUAGCGAGCAGAGUACCGGCGAACAGACUGGUGAAUACAUUUCUUUGUAUUUGAAGAAGCAACGUGAUCCAUCGAGUCGAGUUGAGGGUUUGAAAUUGCUAGUGCGAUUUUUCAUUUAUAGUUACAAGUACAAGGAAUACUUGACCAUUCAAGAAUUACCAAUCAAAGAGUUUGACGAUCAAUUAAAUAUGGAAGCGGGAAUCCAACAAGCGCUAAAGAUAACAGACUUUGAAAAUAUUAUCAAUGGAUUUGUAUAUGGUGGAAAGUGCAGAUUCGGGAUCGAAUUGUUUAACAUGCAAAGUCAUCCACACACUUUUACGUUAACCCAGGUGAAGAAGUUAUACCGUGGUAGGGGUAUUUGUAAAUUCAACGACUUUUCAACACUCCCAAAGAACUCGGCUUCGUUUUCAAAAGAUGAGUUCAAAAUUGAAAUCACUUCCGUCAAAAAUAGUACCGUCAACUAUAUCUGGAAGGUGCAAAUCUAUCCAACUGGAACAGAUGAGGAUGAAGACACAAAUGCAUCCGUAUUUUUAGAAUUGGCAAAUACAGAUAAAGUUUCUAAUGGAAGACAUGUCUUUGUUGAUUUUGAGCUCCGCUUGAAAUGUCACGACAACUCUACCAAAUAUCACACACAGCGACGAGUUGCGUGGUUUACGCAAUCAGAUUACACUCACGGUUUUGAUGAGUUCAUUCCCGUCCAUGAGCUCAAAAAUGGUGGCAAAUACAACAAAGAUGAUUCCAUUACUAUUGAAGUGUUUUUUAAUAAGAUGUUUAGGAUGGAAGUCCUAUGACACUAUCAACCACAUUUCACAAGCUCGAUCAACCGUCAAAGGUUGAUACUCAUACCGUGAAGAUGAUGUGAUUUCCGAGAUCCAUUUCUGUAUGAACCAAAAAAAUUAUAUUCUGUAUGUUUGAAAUUUUUUAUCUUUUGAAAAACGUUAUUGUUUCCCUUUUGUCGAAUAAAUUUCUAUGUAACUUUUGAUGUUAUAUCUAGUCUUCCAGCCAU